CUGCUUUUUCUUUUAAUGGCUUUGAAAAAGUAGAAUCUGUACCAGUAAUGUUCCCUUUAGACAUAUGUAUUAUGAAAAUAGAAGAUACUAAGUAUGCAGCUGCCCUACAAAUUGCCAAAGGUGUACGAAAUUUUGUCGUUUUUCGUAUGAACAAUGGCAGCUAUACAAAAAUAGUGGAUUUGUCAACACCGCUGGCUAUAGCAAUGGAUUGCAAAACUUUUGAUGAUAAAGCAUAUGUAGCACUGGCAUUCAACAUAACGAAAUCAGUUGAAUAUGCUAGGGACGCAUCACCAAUAUAUCAAAUUAGUGGCAAUCGUAUGCGUGCUGUUCAAUAUUUUGCUACACCCAAUCUAGUCAAUAUAUAUUUACGUACAACUGGAAAUGAACUAUUUUUACUACAAUCAUUUGAAAAUUCCAAUACGGCACCUAAUCAGAAUUGUCCAUAUUAUAAAUGGUCUGGAACUACAUUUAAUAAAAUGGGUCGCAUACCAUGCAGUAAUGCACGUCAUCUUGAACCAUUUUCAAUUGAUUAUGAAAGUUAUGUCGCUGUAGCUAAUUACGCGAACCAACAUGGCAAAACAAAAACAUAUUCCGAAAUUUAUAAAUUUUCACGCGAAAAACGAAAAUUCGAACUAUUUCAAAAAAUAAAAACAAAUGGUGCUGUCGAUGUCAAAUACUUUAGUGUGCCUAUAAACGAGGUGAAAAAUCAGCAUUUUUUGGUUUUUGGUAAUUCCAUAGGUGCUACACAAACUAAGGGCGGUGAGAAAGAUUUUGAAGCAAAUUCCAUAUUCUAUGUUUUAGAUAAAGGACAAUUUAUACCAUAUCAGCAGUUAUUAUUUUAUGCAGUGGAAAAAUUUUUACCAAUGCAGAACUCUGAUGAGGAAAAAUUCUUGUUGUUGGUAGCUUCUAGUAAUCAAGACACCAAAAUAUUCAAUUUUAACGAUUGGAAGUUUGAAGAAUCAGAUACACAAUAUACAGAAGGUGCUUUAGGCAAAGGCGUUUCACAGAUGCGUGUCUUUAUAGAGAAUGGAGAUAGUUAUUUGGUUAUAGCAAAUGAGCUUAUGGCUGCCAAUGAAACAAAUAUAUUCAAACCUAUUUUUAAGCAAGAGGAACAUGCGAACACUUUAAGGCAGGAAAUUAUUGAUUGGGCAAAAAAUACUUUCGAACGUUUGCAAAGUAUCGAUGUUGAAAAACUAAAACAAGAUGCAGAAGAAAAACUGAAGAUAAUAGGUCGAUUGAAAAUGAAUGUAGACGAUAUAAAACAGGCCAAUAUAAACACCGUGGAGACUAAAACGCUUUCUUAUCCUCCAUUGGGUAUAAAUAAAAAUUAUUUGAAAGCACUCAGUUAUGCAAAUCAAGCAUUAAAUACACUAGCAUCUCAAUUAGAACCCAAACAACAACGAAAACGUGAAGUACACACAGAAAAUCCGGAAAAAUCUGAAGAAAUAGUUAAUCUUGAUAAUGUAUAUGUGAAAACCCUUAUAGUACAAAAUAAGAUUACAUCCAAAAACAUUAAUGGCAUAGAGGUAGCGAAUCCAAUAUUUGAAUCUAUAACUGCUAACGAGACAUAUGUGACUGGUAAAAUUAAGACCCCAAAUUAUGAUGAUGAUAAGCUUACUAUGAAUACAGACAAACUUACUAGUUUAAACGAUGAUGAGUUCGAUGAAAUAAAUGUGGAUGAACUGCAAAUAAGCGGAAAUUUGAAUGAAUAUUCUUGGGAAGAUAUAGUAAACAAUACCUUAAAACGUACUGGCGCACAGAUCAUAAAAGGACCCGCUACAAUAGGCACACUGGUGACUAAAAAUGUUGAGGUUAUAAACAAUCACGUUAAUGACCACAAUUUGAGAAAAUUGGUAUCAAUUAAAGAAGGCAAUUAUGUGAUUAAUCAGGAUAUAGAAUUUGCUGCACCGAUAUCUGCAAAAAAUGUGAUAAUUAAUGAACGUCUAAACAAUAUACAUGUAUAUAAAAAUAAAUUCGAUGUGCUAUUGAAAAAAUCUAAUGAAACACAAAUUGUGGAAGGGCUAAAAACAUUUAAAGAUAUCAAAGUUUUGGAAUCUAUUAUAAUAUCAGGAAAAAUGGAGGGCCCAUAUUUCGAAUCAAUAUCACCAACUAAAACCAUAGAUGAAGAAUUAACACUAACGGGUAAUUAUACAAUAAUCGGGGAUGUAAACAUUUCUAAACUAUUAAAUGUGACUGAUAUUAUUUUUGGAAAUACAACUAAACACUCAACUAAAAAAAUAAUGAAAAAUGGUAUACGUGUGGAUAAUUUGGAGAAUGUGAAUAUAAAAUUUGAACAACCCAUUAUCGCAAAUAAUUCCAUUGUAAGCUUUGUUAAUGGCCAAGAUCUACAGGAUUUAGUAAAAAUAAAUACAGAUGAAGUGCAAUUGGUAACUGGAGAAAAAAUGUUUAAUAAUUCUUUAGACAUUCGAGGUUUUACCGAUUUAAAAUAUCUUAAUGGUAUAAAUGUACAGGAAUUAGAACACGAACUGCUACUAAAGAAUACUAACCAGACUAUCAAGGUUCCCAUGCAUUUUAGCAAAGUAAUAGCACAAGGUAUUAUUGCUGAUAAAAUUACUCUCGGUGACAAGGACUUAGCAACAUUUCUAACUAAAUCCGGCGAUCAACACAUCAAUGGCGAAUUAACUGCUAAAUAUUUACAUGCAAAAAUUGUGAAAACAGAAAAUUUGGACGGAAAUGGAAAUAUUUUUAACGAAUCCUUAUCUCGCCUAUUUCAGCAAAAAGCAAAGCAAUUACCAAUUGCCGACAUUUUACAAAAUAAACAAAAAUUCCCUGGUACCAUAUAUGUCAAAAAUCUAAAGCUCAACACUUCCAUUAACGGCAUGCCAGUAAGCGAAAUCGAACGCAAAUUGGCGCAACUUUAUGGCAACAUUAAAUACGUCGGUAAUUAUAGAUUCAAUCAUAACAUGAAAGUCCGGAAUUUAAGUUUCUAUGGCAAGUUAAAUGACAUAUCCGCCGCCGACUUCGGCCGCUGUUGGUUGCAGAAAUAUGGUGAUCAAACUUUUACAGCACCACAAACAUUUGCUGGAGUAACUGCUAUGAAAGGUGUACUUCUGUCUGGGAAAUUAAAUGGUUAUAAAAUUGAUGAUUUCAUAAAAAACACUUAUUGGAUUAAUCGAACUGAGCAUAUAAAUGAUGUCGUAUUUCUUGAACCAGUACAAAUAGCUGGUGCAUUAUACACACAGACCAUGAAUGGCUUACGUGUACCAGAUGAUAUACUCUUUCGUCAUUCGCAAAGUCCACAAAUACUACGUGAGCCUAUUGUUAUAGAGAAGAAUCUUUUAGUUAAGGGAAAAAUCUAUAACACCACUAUAAUAAAUGAUAUAGAUAUACCUGCACUAGAACGUUUUCUUGAUGAUGAAAGUUAUGAAACUUUACAUGUGGAAAACGCUACAUUCACAUAUGCACCAUACUAUCAAACACUAAAUGGUCACGAUAUCGAAGAGCUCUUAGAUACAGUUUGGCAGCUCAAUGAUGAUGUCGAAUUAAAGCAACGCGUAGUUAUUGAACAUGCCGUCUUUGAGGGUUUAUUGGACUUUAAGGGUACUUUAAAUAAUAUUAAUCUGAACUGGCUGAAAGACAACUAUUUCAGUUUAAGUAAACCGCAAGAAAUAACGACAAAAUUCAUCUUUAAUAAUGAUGUCAUUUUUGAGGAUGUUUUGGAAGCUGAUGAACUACAAGUAUAUGGAUUAAUUACUGACACUGAAAGUCAAACGCAAUUUGAUUUUAAUGAAUUAGUCUCAAAUGCAGUGAAAACUACUGGUCCACACUAUAUAAGCGGUGAAUGGAAAAUAAAAGAAGUAAAUGUACUCGGUAAUUUAAAUAAUGUUGAAAUAAACAAUUUGAAUUUAAUUGAUGAUGUUGUACGACAUGAUGAACCUAUAAAUAUUGUUGUGGCACCAAAACAUACGGAAUCCAUAAUUAUUGAAAACAUUUAUAUUAGUCCUACAAGUACAAUUAAUGAUGUAAAUAUUGCAAAUUGGAUUGCUGAUUCUAUAAAAAUAGAAGGCGAUUAUAUAAUUGAAGGCGUUAGAAAUACAGACAAAGGGAACAUAAAGCAUAAUAUGGAUGUAAAUGAAUCAUACAAUGUUGAGGAAGAUUUUCUAAAACUAGCAAAGUGGAAACGUGAUAUUGAAAACCCAAAUAAAAAUUUCCAAAACAAUUUUAUAUGUGAUAAUUUAACUAUUAUCGAAAAACAUAUAAACAAAUUAAAACAAACUAUAAUAGUUCAAUAUAAUGCCUUCCAUCAUUUCAAACUUCGACAAGUUUUAUGGUCAAGCAACGCUACUACAAUUAUUCCAAUUACUCUACAAUAUAAUGAAUCUCUAACACAUGUUAUAGCUGUUGGCAGUCAAAAUAAUAAAAGUGCUAUGCAAUUUUAUCGCUGGAAUGCAGAAUUCCAAAAGUUUAUACACGAAAAUCGUAAGUAA